UUAGAAGAAGUGAAUGAAGAGGAAGUUCUGGGAGAAUUUGGUGAGGAGGCCUUUGCCAAAGAAGAGACAGAUGUCCAGAAGCAAGAGUUUACUCCUCCUGAAGAGGUGACUGAGAAAAAACUGGUCAAGAUAAACCCCCCUGCUGCAGUUGGUGAGAGGCUUCAGAAAAGAGCAGAACGCUUCGAUCUUCCACCGAAUGCAGACAGCAAAAAGGCGGCACGGGCAGCAAGGUUUGGUUUGGAAGUACCUGAAUCUGUGUCGUCCAAAGGAACUUCAGCCAAGCCAAAUGUUGACGCUGAGGUAUUAAAGAAGAGAGCAGAACGUUUUGGCAUGAGUGUCUCUUCAGUUUCUAAAAAGAUUGAGGAUGAUGAAAAGCUUAAGAAGAGGAAGGAGAGAUUUGGCAUUGUCACAAGUGCAGCGUCUGCUGGAACCAAUGAUACAGAGGCAAAGAAGCGAAAACGUGCUGAGCGGUUUGGAAAUGUAUAAAAAAUGGAUCUUACCCUUUUUGGACUUUUUUUAUUACUUUUUUUAAGUGUUCUUUGCAGUUCAUUUUGUGUUAAGCUUGUAAUCCCUGUAGUGCCAUGGUUGUUUAUCUGCUAUUUACAUUAAAAGUACCCCAGUU